CACUAGAAUUAUGAAGAGUUAUUAGWUGGUAUGACAGGGAGAUAUUGGAGUUGUUAAAUGGAAAUUUAGAGGAAGCGAGGGUGAACUUUGCCAAACCUCGUCGUCACGAAGGAGAAAACACGACGAAUCAUUCUAUCGACAGACAAGUAGUGGUUCAAUUCAAAUCCAUGCCAACAUACACAUUGAUACUAUGGCGACGCGAAGGAAACGUAAACGCAACAAAAACUGGGAUUUUGUGCGGGACACCUUUCGCCAGAUAUACCUUGCCAAGGCAUUUGCAGCGGGACCAAAAGAAAGUUACAACAAUAAUGCUCAUGUCGACGCCACGGGCAAUGGACGCAUAAGUCCAAAAGAAUUGUCACUCUCUAUCUCUGAAGCCUCCAAACUCAAGGAAGAAAGUCGUCACCGAAGGCUUCGACACCUCCAGGACGUGGUUACACAGGAAGCCUUUAUAUGCAAAACCCUUGGCAUGGACCACUUAGGGAUGUGCAUUCACCACCCGAAUCAAUACAUUUAUGAAAUUCCUCAAUACGAAUCAAUUUUCAAGACGAUAAAAGAGAAGCGAGGAAGAUUCGUCAAAACAUGUAUGAUUUGCCGAUCGGAAGCAUGCCAGGCUUCGGACCGCGGUGCCGAGCUUCUUCGACAUAGCCCAAAAAUGAUCAACGUUAUCAAGCAAGUACAGAACCUUCAAUCCGACCGCAAGGAGUGGAGGAAACGGACGGACAUUUUGGGGAUGAAAUCAAGCCACCACAAUAAUGAAAUUCGAUCCAACUACAAAUCUAUGAUGCGAAAACGGAGCAAUCAUAGCAGUGACAACACAGAUAACGAAAGCGAAACGAGCGGAGACGAGUUUUGUGGAGACGAUAAUUGCGGCUCGUUGACCCCGAACGACUGGGUUGAGUGUGCGCGCUCUCGAGUGCUCCAGGUUCGUUCCUGGGAGGAUCGCUUUGCUAUAAAAUAUCAUCCUGUGUUUUGCUACUACUUCAAAAUGUUCCAAUUUGGUGUGCCACUUGAAGCCGUCAAGCACAAUGUUUCAAUCGAUGGCUACCCCACCCGUAUCAUGGACUUGAAUCCAAAUCAAUCCCUCGAGCUACAGUUGGACCAGCUCGACGCGACAGCCUUAGAAACACUUCGUUUUAAGGGCGUUAUCAAUGACGCUGAGACAAAUGAAAAAAAUCAUAGAGAAACGGAAAGAAACAAUUUAACAAAUAUUGCAUCAAAUAUCGCGGGGAGUGAAUAUCCAGGAUUUUAUUUGGAUGAUUCUAACCACAAUCCUCCCGACCAGAGCGUCCCUGAUACAAUGGUCAUGUUGGUUUCCGCCUUUAGUCGUCGAAGGUCUAGUCAAAUAUUUGCGGCUGCCGCCUUGUUCGACGAGACUAAGCAUGGACUUGAAGGACGCAGAGACGAAAGAUUACUGGCUUCAAGCGAUGACAACAAAAAUGAUUCGAUGGAAACUUUGUUUGAUACUGAGAUCGGACGAAUCCUGAAGAACCAAAAAAACGAGCCAAUCUCAGAUAUCUCGACAGUCGGUACUGGUCCAAGUAUAGGGGGAAUCAUCACCAGUCCGUUAAAUCCACCGGUCCUACAAAAAGAAUACAGUGUGGGACUUCACAAGAAUAGCCAAUAUAAACAACGGAUUGCAGGGUAUUUCGAUUCAUCCCAUGGAAGGCAUCGUCAUCGCGGAAAAAGUCGGGGAGCUGAUAGUCAAAGGAGUUUGAGAACAUCCAAUAAAUCGGGGCAUAGACGCCGAGACAAACAAAGAAGUUCGAAGGAGUUGGAUGAUUCAUCAGGAUACAAUGACCACAGUCGUCAAAAAAGUUCGAAGGGUUUGGGUGACCACAGUCACUCAUUUAAGCAGAGGAGUUCCAGGGAGUUGGAUGAUAUAUCGGGGUACAAUAAUCACAGUAGCCAUAGCGGUUCUAGGAGGCUGGAUGGUAGAUCGAAUCAUAAACGACGCCAUAAAGAAAAAAGUUCGACAGAGUUCGAUAACAAUUCAGGACACACUAGCCAACGAAGUUUUAGGGUAUUGGACGAAAAAUCAGAUCUCAAGAUGCGUUUCAGCCAAAGAAGGCGAAAGCAAUUAGACGAGAAAGUAGCAAACAGUGAACGCCGUAUUCAAAGAGGUUUGAGUGAUUCAGAUGACAAAUCGGGUCACAAGAACUGCCACAGCCAAAGAACCACUAGCGAGAGAAGCUCAAGGGCAUUUGCCGUAGCAUUGGAUAGUAUUUCAGAUGACAAACCCCAACACAACCAAAAGAAUACUCUGUCUCCUGGGCAAGACUUGGAUUCGGUACUAGGUUUUACACAUCGCGAAAAUCAGAGCACGUUCGGUAUUGCUACCAGAAGUCAGGAAAAAGAAACGCACGAUGUUGAAAUUCCUAGGGUGCGGUCGAGCACGCAUGAAGACGACCUGUCUAAACUAUCUAAUUCCACAACCGAUUCUAGUAACGGGAUCGACGAUCCUCCGAUCAAGGAAAUUGUUCUAUUCGAUAGCAGUAUCGAUCACAGUUUUAGCAAAUGCCGCUCAGUUGAGUCUGAAUUGGACGAAUUGCUUAAGCGGGAGCCGGCAGCAAAUGAUACCACCAGAGGAAAACCGGACUUUGCUUAUGAUAUAAGCCUUAUCAACUACAAGGGUGAUCAUUUGACCCCCGUGAAACGAACGAAGAACGAACACUCUACUUCCAGAGGGCAGAGUGCUCGAAGAAAAGGUAUAGCUCCAAUCUCUCGUGACUCCUUAGCGGACUUGGAAGAUUACCUGAUGGAUGCCUUGAGCGUCAUUUCUGAAAGAAACAAAGUAAUCGGUGAUCUCCGCCAACAGCUGACAAAAAAAGACAGGGAGAACAAUGGCCUCCGGCGUCACAUUGAAGAAUUGAAUCGAGAGUCAAGCAGAAGGCGCCAAAGAAGUCGUCGUAGUCGACACCAUUCAAAAAAUGCUUCCAGACAAGACCUUCCGAAAAACGAGAUUUCUGCAACAUAUGGAGCGGAAGCUCGUGGUGGUGUCGUACUUCAACAAACAAAUUCAACGCAUGAAACUGCCUUCGCUGACGAAAGCGAAAUUUACGAGGACAAAAAUAGGGUGUCAGAGAAUGUAUGCUCUUACAGAGACAUAUCCAACUUCAACACCGAUAGUGGGGAACGUCGUCUUUACUCCAUUGCGUGGGGCAGCAAUGAGUCAAACGGGAUUGAACCUUCAGUAGAAUCAGAUCUAAGGAAGUCUCAAAGCGCUAGGCCUUACAAAAGUAGAAGCACCUCCGAUGCGUUCACGGGCAGCAGAUCUUAUCACGAUGGUCGCAAUACCACAAAGAUCGAAUUGCAUAGAGGGUAUUUUGCUCAUACAAGGGAGCGAUCUAGAAAACAGAGUCUGAAGAAGGUGCACAGAAAUAAUUCUUCUAAGUUUGAGCAACCUGCCAGCUCACCUGGCAGAAGGCUAGAGAGGGAUGACAGAAACGAAAGUCGCAGAACCCAGCACACCGAUCGCUCAGACUAUGAUGGUCCAAGGAAUACCUCUCGUAGAAGCGGGCGCACUGCAUAUUCACCUGAUGGUCGGCAAAAGAAAGAGUCUAGAAAUGAUUCCCGAAGAAGUCGCAACACUGCACGCUCAUCCGAGCGUAGUGUCAGAAACGACUCUCACAGAAGUGGGCGAACCGAUCGGAAAGAGCCAGGAAAUAGUUCMCGAAGAAGUCGGUAUACUACCAACUCAACCGAGAAACGUUUGCGAAAGCAUUCAAACAGCACUGGGCACGCCGCUCAGAGAGAGCUACGGAAUAGUUCUCGUAGAAGUCUGCAUGCUGCCAGCUUAUCCGUGAAUAGUUUCCAAAUCGAUUCUCACAGAAGCAGCUACAUGGUUCAGGGAGAACCAGAAAAGGAUUCUCGAAGAAGUCAGCACACCAUCAACUUGGUUGACAACGAUAAUGUCAACAAAGAGGAAAGCAAUCUUACUCAAGGUCAAGGAGGGGGAAGCCAACAGGACGCAAACGAUAAUCCAAAUUAUAUGGACAUUCUGAGCAAGUGUUUUGAACAAGUAAGUAAAAUAGAAGACAAUUCACAAGAUCAAGGAAAAACGAGAUUUGAUGACGGUGCUGAAAAACGAGGUGUGCCGUUGCGCUCAGGGCAUUCUACCGCUAGACACAAUAAAUAUAGCGAUCGACUCGGUAGUGAGCAACACGACAAAGUGAAGAAAUCAUCAGAUAGGCAAGACAAAGAAGACAAUUGCAAUGGUAAAGAAAGGGCCCAGCCCAGAGUUGAAAGCACACCUGAGAAGCGAAGAAGACGAAAAAAGAAGAGUAGAAAAGCAAAAGACGAUUCCACUCGCGUUGCUCGAGGGGGUGAAAUCUAUGUUACAACUGAUCGCAAUUCGAGCAAAUCGAAACCGGGAGAUAAUGCAGUGCGCAAGAAGUGCCAGAAAGAUACCGAGACAUCACAUUCUGGUCGUGACCCAAAAAAUAGAUCUGUGGUCCCCAGCGACAUCGAAACUACCGACCGUGUGGCACAUUGUGCUCUAUCUGAAAGCCAAUACUUGUUCGUAGACGAAGGGCAUUCACCAGAUAAAAUAAUCUUUAUCGGCGGUAGUCACAGAAGUGAUCGAAGGAACGGGGGGAAUAUGACAGAAGAAAGAGUUGAAAGAACGGCAGCAAAGACAGCCAUUGCAAAUCUUUUACAAGACUUGAUUGAGUAGGACCAACCAUUAUAGGAGUUUGGAAGAAGAUGCAUGCCGACGAUCCCUUGAAGGAACGAUAGAUACAUACUUCAUUGCCGGCCUACUCCUAGAAUUAUGUCUGUGGGGACGACAUUCCUAAUAAUAGAAAAUCAAUCCACUCUGCGCUACUCUGUAUUUCGCUAGAUUUUGAAUAGUUCACUCACCGCAACGAAAGUAACCCUAGGUCGUGAAGUGAAUAAUCAGUAGCGAAGUUCUAAAUUCGGCAUCAUCAUAAGUACUUUUACUAUACUCCAAAACUUGACCCGCAGCCGCAGCUCUCUUCCGCAUUUGGGUUGAAAAACUUGAAACCACCCCCGAUGAGCUCUUCGGAGUAGUCUAAUUCCAGUCCAUACAAAUAGAGCAUCGACUUGGCAUCCACCACACACUUGAGCAUUUCAGCGGGGUAAUCGUCGAUCUCGUCGUCCUCUUGUAUGUCUUCCUCGGUAGAGAAAUCCAUCACAUAGCUGAGACCUGAACACCCACCGUUGCGGACUCCCAUUCGUAAGACCAUGUAGGAAUCGGGAUUCUUUUGUUUCUCUCGAAGUUCUCUCAGUCUUUUCAUGGCCUUUGGUUUGAUGUUAAUAACGGCGUCCUCGGGGA